UAAUCAUGAGCGCAUAAAAAUUAAAAUUAAAGCUUUAAAAUUAAUGUUGUCAAGGCUUUCGCGGAGUGCUUCAAAUACAUAUGUAAAUUACGUACCGUAAUAAGCGGUUGUGUCAUCAAACAUUAGCUUUUAAAUUGUUUUGCGUAAAGAAAAUCGAGGGAUGAAAUCCGGGAUCAAUUAGUAACCUCACUUUUUGUCAAAAUGGCAUCGCACUGGGAAGAAUUUUACGCUACUCAUUUGCCUCCGACGGAUUUCGAGGAUAACAGGAAGCUGCUGCAAGAGUUCUGCGAGCGACACAAUAAACGGAAUGAGAAAAUCGUUUUAGUUACUUCGGGGGGCACGACUGUACCUCUGGAGCAUAAUACUGUUAGGUUUGUAGAUAAUUUUAGUGCUGGCACUAGAGGGGCGGCAUCCGCGGAAUAUUUUCUUGAACACGCCUAUGUUGUGAUUUUCAUGCAUCGGCUCAAGUCUCUAGAGCCAUUUACAAGACAUUUUAAUGGGCAGAAAUUUAUGGACAUGCUAGAGCUGUACGAAAGAGGGCCAAAUACAAAUAUUACGGUUAAACCUGAUAGUGUUGAUGUGUUGGCACCGAUCCUUGCCAGUUAUAAAGCCGCCCAAGAAAAUGGAAGAAUACUGUAUGUAAAUUUUACAAGUGUUUCUGAUUACUUUUGGUUGUUACGAGCAGCUUGUGAGUGCUUAUCACAGUUUGGUUCUCGGGCUUUGUUGUAUCUAGCUGCUGCUGUAUCUGACUUUUAUGUACCUUCAAAUCAAAUGCCGACUCAUAAAAUUCAAUCAGGGUCAGCGGCUCCAAAUAUACAAUUGCAACUAGUUCCUAAAUUACUGGCACCCCUAGUUAGUUUGUGGGUACCUCACGCUUUUGUUGUUUCAUUUAAGCUGGAAACGGAUGAAAGCAUAUUAAUAACAAAAGCUAGAGAAGCCCUCAAUAAAUAUAAGCAUAAGUUAGUAAUAGGAAACAUGCUGCAAACGCGAAGGACAAAAGUUGUAUUUGUUACUCCUGACAGCAGUUAUGAAGUGGUAUUGUCUAGAGAGCAAAUGCUAAAUGGUAUGGAAAUCGAGGAUGUAAUUGUCAGGAAUGUAGCUGCCAAUCAUGACGAGUAUAGGAAAAAAUUUAAGUACUGAUAUAGCUUUCAAAGUGGUCAAAAGUUUGGUGAUGGCUACAUUAAUGGUAGAUAAUCAUUGUAUCAGGGUAACAAUAGAUAGGAUAUUGAGUUUAUUAGUAUUGUUAUAGUGUUACAGCAGAUCAAUUUCCACCAAAAAUUUAAAUUUUGGUGGGUGGAAUACUUAAACAGGAGACUCUCUUUUUAAUGAUUUAUUUUGGUGUAUAAUGUUUUUAAAAAUGUAAUCAGAAUCAAAGGUAGGGUAAAGUGCCCUAAUAUCAAAACUUUAUUAAUACUAAUAUUAACAUCUUUAUAUGGGGUACCACAAAUCAAGUUAUUACACACAAAGUAGUAAGAUUAAGUGGUGGUUAUAUUCAAAAUAGUAAAAGAUGCAGGGUGAUACAUGUUGAGGUAGUGAUCCUGCUUAUAUUCGGUUGAAAAAUUCCAGACAUCUCUGGAAGUUCCAGGAAUAGAUAAAUAUGACAAAAAUUAAAAUUAAAAAUUAUUAUUUUUUUAGACUUUAAGGGUUUCAAAAGAUUUUAUCUUUUAAUGAACUAAAAAGUGGAUGAUGACUGUUUGGUUUUUGAAAGUAUGGUCAAUUUUAUAUAUUUUUAGAGUAAUAAGGCAAUUUUUAUAGAUAUUAUUAUUACCUCUUUAAUGGUGUAUUACCAGUUAUUUUGUUUUAUCUUGUUUGUGAUUUUUUAUGCAAUCGACAGGAAUAUAAUUGAAAGGCAAAUAAUGAGGCAUUCUUAUUUUUCUAUUGUAUAAAUUAUUCAAAAUUUUGUUGGUUUUUCAUUAUUUUAAGGUUCUUUUAAAAAAAAAAAACGCAAACAAAUAUUGAUGGUACUGCUGAGUAUGGAAGGAAUGCAACAAUGGCACAGUAAACAGGAAACAAGUCCAAAUGCGCCUUAAGUAACUAAUACCUUCCCUUCUACCUGGUAAAUUUAUUAACAAUCAAACCAAAGGGUUCUGUCAAAGACUGUAUUUUGUCGUUAUUUUCUACAUUUUGUGAAAAACAUCUUCAUUUUGGUAAUCUGACUAAACAUAUCACUUUUCAUUUAGAUAUACAGGGUUUUCUAAACUCAAUGGACUAUUAUUAGAAGUCGAUAUAUGGAGAACGGAUUUAUUUUGAUUUAAAUAUGUAAAUUUUCAAUCGCUCCAAAAUAUUUCAAGACUGCGGGGUUAUCGCUUUUACACAGACGUUUGCAACAACUUGCUUAGUUGAAGUGGCAUAACCUGGACGGGGUAUCUUAUUUUCGAAACUUUUACGAGGUAUCUCAGAUGUGUUUCUGGCAGUAGCUAAUUUUUUGCUAUCAAAUUGAGAAUUACCCAGCCCUUUCUUGAGAAUCGCAGAGGUAUCUUAGGUAUUUUUUCUAUGUAUUAUCUUACUGAAGAGCUAAUAAGUCUCCCUUAGCUUAACUUGUUGCGUAGAAUUCAGUGCCAACCAGAGUAACUAUACGGGAUCAGGUGAAAAAGUUGUUGGAUCAUACUGGAGUGAUCGCAUUUGCUUCAAAAUUGCGGAAAUGUUUAUUUUGUUUCGUACAAUUCAAACAAUGCUAUGCACGCCGUGGUUUUGAAACUACGUAACAUGUCUCGUUCGUAUAAAGUCAUAACCUCAAACUUAAAUAAUAAUAACGUAUGGACCACACACAUCCAACAUGAGAAAUACAAGAAGAGGGCACAGCAAAGGUUCUAACCGCCAAAGAACCAGAUCACCGCUUUAAACACCUACACCUUUGGUAUCCUGAGGUGGUCUGACAGGCUAACACGGCGAUUAAUGAGGAAAUUCAGAUGUCUGCACACCAACGCAUUGGUUAAGAGACCUGCCUCGAGCGAGCAGUGGUCGGGGAAUGGUGAACAUCUCCAAGCUAUGCAGAACCCAAGAGAAGAACAUGCCGCAACAACUACUUACAUCUGGAGAUUCUUUGAUGAGAAUAGCAGCUCAAUAACAUGCAACACAAUCAUCAUGAGUUCGAAAUAAGAUCAAGUCAGGAAGAUCAUGCCACCUGUAGGGAAUAGCUUUACAGGGUAGGUUUCCAAGAAGUCUAGACGGAGACAACGUCGGCAAACUGGCCCCACUAAGAUGACUCUACCCAGAAGCGGAGAUAUUUAUUAUGGCCAUCCCAGGCAGAGUUAGAGACUGGUAUGUAUAGUAUGGAAAAAAACGACCUAUUGCGUAGAGAUAGCAAUUGGAAAAAAGGCACAAAUUGCGGGUUAGUGCAUGAAAUCUCCUCUUGGUCACUUCUUCAAUUUUAGGGAAUAAAAAUGUCGGGGGGAAAUAGCCAAAAGUGGGCAUGUUUUCCUAAAAAUGUUAAAAAAAGAAACAGGCGAUGAUCAGAUCUUACUAGAGUUGAUACUAGGUAUCUUGUAGCAGAUACGAUAAUCAAAUCUAAUAUUAGCACUAGUUAUUGGACCACAAUUUUAACCCAAGAACGGUUUCUUAUUACACUAAUGAUGGUUUCAUUGUAACCUGUCAAUUUUACUGUAAAAACAGCAAAAAUUACUGCCUCCAUAGACAUCUAUUUUUCGUUCUGUUCUCAUAAAACUUAUUUGUUACGACUAAAGUUAUGGUAAAACUAUGUAGGUACUAAAGAUAAAGAGACCUUUCCUAUGCCGAUAAUACGUGGAUUUGCAACUAUGACUUCACGGCAUUCAACAACCAACAUGACGGCCGACAGGCAUUCAGUAAGUUUGGAUGCGGCAAAAUAUCAUCUUGUUGAAUGUUCUGGGUUAAGUGUGUGGAAAUAGAUGUUUAGAACGGAAAUGUCGCACAGUGCAGUUUAUCUAAGAGAUAUAUAUGGUAUAUAUUAGAACGUCUCGAUAUGAUCCCAACAAAUUUUUGCUAAAAUAAAAUGGUGUCCUAAUUUCGAAGUAGGGAUUCGUUUGACUUUUCUGAACUAAUUGGUUAGUCCGUUGGAAGGAACUUUGUUUUAUUAUAUUUUGGAGGCAAAGAGAACCGCCUAGAUAAUUGAAAAAAUGCACCCUUAGAUCCGUUCUCCAGACUUCAAAUAGACCACCCACUGCGACCGACAUACUUGUAGGAUAAAGAAAUAACAUAUACAUCUAGUCAAACUAACCAAAAAUUCACCCAAAAUGCGGACCAGCAUAUAUACUAGCAUAAAAUUCAUCUGAAAUAUUUUGUGCCAAAUUUGGAGAGAAAAGCCAAACCAAUUAAGAAUAGAUCUAUGUUGUUUUUUAUGAAUUUAUCUUGGUUUUGUAAAUAUAAAAUAUUUUAUUAUAUAUUUAACACAUGGAUUCUGUGAAUUAAUAAAUGACAGUAUGGCAGUAGAGCUCUAGCUGCGUCAUUAGACACAUAACUCGCCAGUGUCUUAGAGUAAUGAUCCCUGAACGAAAUGUAACGAGGAACCAACAUGAAGUUGUUAAAUUGUUCAGAAAUUACCUUAGAUUCCUCCUAGCAAUGAUUCCAUAAAACGAAACAAUCACUCUGGGCAUUUUACUUCUCAAGUAUUCUUCAAGAGAAAAUUAACGAUUUUUUUGAGAAAUUUAUGUAAUUCAACUGUAUACAGGGUAUCGGCGUAAAUGCAUUUUUUUAAGGCGCCUUCUCACGAGCCGAAUUUUGCGGACCGAAUUAAGUUGAUCAACAAAAGUUGAGUUGAAUCAGUUUGAGUGGACACGUGUACCAAAACCUGAUGAAUUAAGUCUAUGGAACAGCAAUGAAAUUUCCAAAGAUGUCAAACACAUCUUCAAUACUAUUUUUGUUAUUUUGUAUAGCUACAUUGUCCAGUUUAUCAAUAGCGGCAGUAAUGGGUGAAAUAUUACUUUCAUUUGUUACAACUUUUCCUUUUGAGGAGCACGAACUGUAUUUGUUGGUUUUUGUCGAGAUUUGUGUAGAGCUUGGUAUCCAUUGAACAGCAGAUGUAGACUGCUGUAGACUGUAGUUGGUUCCUUCUUAAGGAUUGCAUUUCAUUCUCAGCAUUGCCAUUUUCAAUAAUUUGUGCUGAUGAUUGGGAAAAUUCAUAUUCUGUUGUAUUUUCAUAUUCAUUUGUGAUAGCUUCCAUUUCUGCUUCGCUUCUUGGAAAGAUGUGUAGGGUUACAAAGUGUCCGGAAUAAAAGUUUUAUUGCUGAAAAUGAAGUUUUUGAGGAACUUGUUUUCAUAUGUAGAAAGCAUUCCAAAAAGUCUAUGCAUGAACUAACUUUUUUAUUAAUGUUUUUAUAAUAAUAUUUUUGUAUUUAUAAUAAUUUUUCAUAUAAAAUUUGUAUUCUGCUUCAAAUUUUAAACAUUUUCUAUGUAACAUAUCUUAAACUUAAUUUUAAUGAAAACAGUUACCCAAAAACUUUAUUAUCUUUUCUAAAACGUAAAAUAAAAAAGUUUAAAGAUAAGCACAACUUAAUAUGAAUGAAGAAGAAUGGAAAAAAAUGGUGUGCUGCAUUGGAUGGAAAGCACAUUGGUAUGCGACAUGUUCCCAAUAGUGGCUCCAUCCUUUGAUGCUAAUUAUUGUUUUAGCUAUAUUAAAUUAGAUGAUGCACUCGGGUUUGCAAAAUCUUCUUUAAAUGCGACUUUAGAAACCACCUAAAGAUGGAUUAUUUGUUGAUGAUAAUGACUUUCCCUUAAAGACCUAUAUUUUAAAACCAAUGGGAAGAACUACUAAUCUAUCUGUAAAAGAGAAAAUGUUUGAUGCAUUCGGUAUAUUAAGUUCCAGAUUCAGAAUAUUUCAAAGAUCUAUAGCGGUUGGAAUUGGCAUACUGGAUGAAAUUAUUAAAGCGGCCUCUGUGUUACAUAAUUGACUAUACACCAAUAGGCUCUGUGAAUAUUUUAGAUUUUAACACCAGCGAAAUAGUAACAGUUUCUUCGUGAACACAAUCUACUCCAUAAAUGGCAUAGCUGGUUUAAAAGGCGCCUUAGGAAGCCAUAAUAACACAAGCUUCUGAUGAACGAGAUUAUGAGGAAUAUUUUUCCUGAAGAGGGGCUGUACACUGGCAAGUCAAUAUACAUGAUGAUUAAAAAAUCAUAAUACAAAUUUUUAAUGAAAUAAAAUAAGGGUGUUGCUUACCAAAUUUGAGUUUCUUUCGUACUGGUCACACUUUUUGAGAAAGCAUCUGUCGUUUUAUACCAAAAACGUUUUGGUACAUAAAUAUCCUCUGUUCCCAUUAGGCUUUUAAUAGAUUUACAAACCAGCGAGUGGUCUUUUUUCUACAUAGUUCUCGUUGUCUUAAUGUUAUUCUUUAUGUCACUUAAGUCAAUGUUCAUUACAAUUACAAUACAUUUUAAUGUAUUUUUCCUGGCAUCUUUGUUUCUAUUUAAGAUAAACGCAUAAAGCAAUAAAAAAAGUUAUACUAUUUACAAAUCUUCUGGAUUCCUCCAUCCUUGGUUAGCAAGUUCCUUUCAACAUUCAACAGUACAAGCGAAGCUAAACUCGAUUUAAUUUGUUGAAGUUUAAAGUUUGACUGAAUCAAUCUUUUAUUAUUUGACUAGAAAUUAAUAAAAUAAAUAAAAUAAUCAAAACAUUUGUUGAUCAACUUUAUUCGGCCAAUAAAAUUCAGGCCGUGUUCCUUGAAAGCGUGAAAUUUUUGAGUAAUCAAAACUUGACCAAAUAAUUUGUGACAAGAUUAAAGCCAGCCAUACCCAUAUGUUUAUGUAAUCAUCGCCCCUGUUAAGUUGUGGGCAUUUGUUGUUUGCUAUUAUGGCCUGUGUGUGCUUAAAGAAAUGUUUAUAAAACUUUCUAGGUGUUAUGUAUAUUUCGUCUAAAACCGUUGUAUUUAGAUAGUCGCUAUUUAUAAUUUUUUAUUUUUAUACCUUUUCCAGCGCAUUACUUUUUAAUGUGAAAAAAUUCUGCAAAUUGUUAUGCUGCACACAAAAAUGUCUAUAUUCUCAGCAUAUCAAUGUGGCAUGUAUAAAUGUUAUAUGUAUAUAAUUAUAUAUGAUGUAAUAUACAUUUUGGAAAAUAGUUUGGUUUUCGUGAACUAACUACACAAUAUAACAGCUUCCAUGUUUAAACCAAGUCCGGUAGGCAUUUGAUAUUAAAAUUAUUUUCU